UACUGCAGUAAAUCUCACACAUAGCUAGAUGCUUCUGAUUUGGUUUUUGCUUCAUGUACAGCUCAGAGCUUAAACCUUGUACAGAUAUCUUAAAGUUUGUCUUAGAAGAAUCAAUUAGCGUAAGUGUGCAAUAUGGCUAACGAACAGCUCUGUCCAUGUGUGCCAUAAAGCGUUAGUGCGUAGCGGCUGUGUGAUUCGUUUCAUUGUUAACUACAGCAAGUAAAACUGAUCAAUUGUCAAAUGAAAACGUCGCGACCAAGCGCGAAUGUGUUAAAGCAUGGAGCAAUGCGAUAUGUAGCCAUAAAAACCAACUACACUCGUGUGCUGUGUCCUUAACAUGCACGCUGACCGCUGGGACAGUGGUAACCAAUGGAGACAGGAGACGCCUAAUCAGAUUUAGCUAGGCUAGCUAGCUAGCUACUCUCAAAUUAAAGGCUACCGGGAGAGACUCAACAUGGCUACAACGCUGAAGGGCAAACCAUCCAAAACUUCAUUUGGAGAUGACGAUUUGCUGGACAGUUUAUUUGAUGAUAAAAAACACCCACCGAGGGGGAAAGCAACUCGCGGCGGACCACUGAAUCGCUCUUCUGCCACUGAUAACAUCUUCAGUAUGCUAGCAGAGGAGGUGAAGAGGGAUGGUGGGGACACUGAGGACUCCGAUGUCUCAGCAGCCGAUCCCAAUGACAUACUGAAGAACAUGAAGGACAUGGAUGAUAUGGAUGCUGACCUUUUUGCAUCCAAGAAAAACCCAAGUUCAGCUCCUGCACAAAAGAAGCCGUUCAGUAAUGAAUGGCCAAAGAAAGACUCUUCCACAUUAGAGAGUGAUGCGAAACCAGAGGGAGCAGAUGAACCCACCACAGGAGGGAAGAAGCCAAACUCGGCACCUUUGUCUGCUGCACAUAACUACAAGAAGUUCACCCUCUCUGAUCUAGACGAUCCCCUGGCUGAUCUACUUGAUGACUUACUUCCUGAUGAAACCAAUCCUAAGAAUAAAUCCAGCAUUCAGCGGGCCAGGCCUGGAAAAUCUGCACCAUCUCCUGCAGCAUCUCCUAUCCUGAAAACUGAAACAUCUAAGGCGCAGAAGAAUCGAAGUGAGCUUGCAUUUGAUGAAGAUCAGGAUGACCUAAUGGACACUCUGGGAUUUGACAGCAGUAAAAACACUCCAAAGAAAAAAGAUACUGCAUUUUGGUCCAACAAGGAAAGGAGCGAGCCCCCUCAGAGAGCUCGCACAAGACUCGAUGAGAUUCUGGAGAAUUUGACCUCACCUCGUCUUCUCGAGCAACCUCUGGAGGGCGAGAGGAAGGACCAGCCUCAGUCUCAAGAGAGGCAGCAACAAGAGAAGACCUCCAGUGUGAAAGAAUCACUUUUAGAAGAUGACCUCACAUUUGGCUCCUAUCAGCCCACGCUGGUAUCCACGCCUGAAGGGCGCCAGUCCCGCAGACAGUCUGUCAGAUUUUCUACAGAGGACGUCAGUUCCUCUACCCCCGAGAGGAAGCCAAAACCCGCCUCCAUUCGACACCGCAACUCUGCUGACUGGCUAGGCCUCAAGACAAACGAUGACCAUACCUUUCUAGAGGGUGAUGCCAAAGACACCAAAGCUUCAGCAGAGUCUCCAAAGGCUCCGUUGUCUCCCUCACUGGAGAGAAGACCCGCCCUGGCUGGUAGCCACGCCACAUCUGCUGCAAAAAUGGCAGCAGACACCUCAGCCCCAACUGAUAAAAUCACCAAACAAACAAAGCCGGAGGUCUCGAAAAGCCAGAAGAGAGACGAGGAAGAGGAUGACUGGUUAGCAGGAGCGCUGAACAGGAAGAAGGCUCUGUCAGUGUCAAACUCUGAGGCAAAAAGGUCCAAGCAGGAAGACUCUUUAGGCCUGGGAGAAGAAGUGGAUCUGGAGUCGAUAAGUAAACAAGUCACUUCACAAGCUCCCAGGGGCAGAGAGGACACUCUUACAUCUGCCAGGGACACCAGCAACAGUUUUCUUGGACAGCCCAGCCCCACGGCUCACUCCACUCCUGUCAGAGAGCCGGGGACAAAGCAAGAUUGCCCUCCUCAACUUCCCGGUCCUGUCUCUGCUGCUAGCAUUAGCCACGCCCAACCCCAGCCUCAGUCACAACCCCGCCACUUACCAUCCAAUAAGGGAUCCAGGGUGCUCCCAGGGUCCAGUCAGGCUUCAGAUGAAACCCAGCAACAGCUGCCAUUGCUCAGCCCUAUGUCUGCUAUGCUGCCUGGCUUAAUGUGGUCACACCCACAGCAAAACCAAAUACAGAACACAUCGGCUGCUGUCCAACAACAGGUGACACUUUCAGCAGAAAGUCUGCAGCAGCUGCUUUUGCAACAGCAGAUGAUGCAGUCUCAGUUGCUGGGUCUGGGGGGCGUUGUGGAUGCAGGGGUCCCGCAGAGGCUCAAAGAAAAAGAGCAGCAACCUGGGGACUAUCAAGCUUUACAGGCUCGCAUUAUUCAGCUGGAGGGACAGGUGAAGACCCUGCAGCUGGAGCGAGACCAAAGCCAAAUGUUGCUCGAGAAUGUCCAGCAGCGGCAUAAACAGGAUAUGGAGCUCAUGGAGAACGCACACAAGGCUCGUGUGAAGCUGCUCGAGGAAUCAGCAGCCCAGAGGGAGACGCAAGUGCGGCAGGAGUGUGAAGACCUCAUGGAACGCCUGACCACAACAACACGAACGGGGGAGCAGGAACGCUCAGAGCUGCAAUCUCAGUACCAGCGCAAGCUGGCCCAGGCCCAGCAAGACAGAGACCGUGAAGUGGAGAGACUCAGGGAGCUCCAGAGGAAAUCUAUCUUGGAGAUGAAGAAAGACCAUGAAGACCAGCUGCAGAGACUGAAGAAAUUAAAGGAUGAGGAGAUUGAUGCAGUUACAAGCGCAACAUCUCAGACCAGGUCUCUCGCAGUGGUGAUUGAGCAGAUGGAGCAGUUCUCCUCUCGGCUCGGAGAGCUUUCUUCUCGGGUGGAGAGCACACAUGAACACACGGCUCAUGGCCUGGAGCAGGGGGCACGGCACAGAGACGAGCAGCUUCGAAUGAUGCAGGACCGGCUGGCUCAGCAGCAGAAAUCCAUGGUGGAGGAGAGAGCUUACCUCAAGGAAAUCAUUUCCAGGAUGGACACUCAGCUCAAUGAACAGCAGAGACAGCUUGAGAAGGAACGCUGGAAGAUGACAGCAGAGCAGGCCAAGGCAGAGUCUACCCAAAGAGGCCUGGAGGAAGAACGGCGCACCCUCAGCAUGCAGAUCAACAUGGAAAGGGAGGAGCUCGAAAGGGCUAAGAGUGCAUUACUGGAGGAGCAGAAGUCAGUGAUGCAGCACUGUGCAGACGAGAGGAGGAAGCUGGCAGCUGAGUGGGCCCACUUCCAUACCAUGGAGAAGCAGAGGCACGAGAGGGCUGAGCGGGAGGUCAGCAGUCUGUUGGAGAAGAGAGAGGGCUCCAUUAUUAGUCUGGCGCAGGAACAAGCUGACCUAAAGCUUCAAACCGCGGAGCUGAAACAAAAGGGGAUGGCUGUGGCACAGGAGAGAGAGGCUCUGGAAAGACUGAGAGAAGAGCUGGACAGAGAGAAAGAGAGAAUAAGCAGCACGGCCUUGAGACUCAAGACACGAGCCCACGAGGUGGAGGCCUUUAGCAAGCUCGCUGCAGAGAAGCACGAGGAGGGAGAACGAGCGUUGCAGGAGGCAAAACGUGUGGAGGCGGAGCACGAGGCGAGGCUCGCAAAUAUCCAUACGCAGACAGAGCGACUGAGGCAACAGGAGCAACGAAUCCUCCAGGAGCGAAUGCGGUUAAGUCAUCUGCAGAAGGAGAAAGAGAGGCUGAGACAAGACCCUCCAAUUUCCCUUUUAUCACAAAUGAUUCCACCCAUUUUACCAGACUCAGGUUCAGCGUUUCCAAACCCAGAGCUGGCAUCAACCCCGAAUAUUUCUCCUCCUACUUCAGUUGCCAACUCUCAGUCCAUGGCUCUUCAGGCUAGUCUGGCUCUGUGGAAGUACACUGCAGAAAAGGACCGUGACUACCUCCAGGAAGAGCAGAUCUUCUUGGACAAUCUGAAGAAGAAAUCUUACAGAUUAUCCUUCAACACAGACUGACCAACACAUGCUGAGUGCUCCCAGUAGGAUUCAUGUUACAUUUCAUGUGCAGAAUACUUGAAUUUCGUACAACUCUUGCAUUUAUUAAACACGUUUUAC